AGCCGCAGCCGCACACAAGGGCAGUGCGACCCGGGACGCCCAGCGAGAGCCAUCCGCGAGUGCGCCGGACUGGGGAAAACCGCGAGAAAGAGCAGCCGCCGCGCUCUGUGACACGAGUGACCUGUGUGGCGUGUGCUUGUGUACCAUCUGGCCAGAGAGUGCGGUGAACAGGAGCAACAGCAGCGAGGAACCCAGCCAGCGACCACCUCUCCCAGAAAGCGCAUAAGGAAUGGCAUCGGCAGCGGCGGAGACUGCUGGAUUCCUGAAAAGAGCCAGGACUGAAAAAUUAUUAGAAAUAUUCAAUAAGUAUGCCUCUAAAGAGAUCGAUGGUGAGAAGUUUAUGACAGCAACAGAUUUUGUUCAGAAAUAUCUUGGCCUCUUUACGGAUCAGAAUUACAAUGAAGAAUCAGUUAAGCUCUUGGCUGGAAUUGUUGACACUAGCAAAGAUGGCCUUAUCUCGUUCCCAGAAUUCCAAGCAUUUGAAGGCUUGCUGUGUGUACCGGAUGCACUCUACAAGACAGCUUUCCAGCUCUUUGACACCAAUGGAAAUGGAAUGGUUACUUUUGAUGAGUUCGUUGAGGUGAUGAAAAAGACAGUGCUGCUCCAGAAGCUGCCAUUCAACAUGGAUGGUGACUUUGUGAAACUGUACUUCGGAAAGGAUAAGAAGAGGCUUGUCAGUUAUACUGAGUUCAGCCAGUUCUUGCAUGACUUCCAUGAAGAGUAUGCAGUAGAAGCAUUCCGUCGGUAUGACAAGAAUGGAACUGGAUUUAUCUCUGCACUUGAUUUCCAGGAUAUAAUGAUCAACAUUAAAAGCCAUUUAUUAACUAGAGAAGUUCGGGCGAAUCUUGUUGCAGCUGCAGGUGGUGGCAGUGGUGGUCACCGAGUUAGCUUCCCGUUCUUCAUGGCUUUCAAUUCUCUGUUAAACAAUAUGGAACUUAUCAAGCGCAUAUAUCUCAAUGCGACAGGUGGACACCGCAAUGUGGAGGUAACAAAAGAGGAGUUUCUGCAUUCUGCCCAAAUGAUGUCUCAGAUAACACCGCUUGAAGUUGACAUCCUGUUCUUGCUUUGUGAUCUCCUCCAUCAAACAGGGAGGAUCGUGUACAACGACCUGCAGGCGAUAGCUCCCGAACAGUAUUUCAAGCAAAUCACAAAACGGCUGGCUGAGAUCAAGGCUGUGUCGUCACCAGAGGAGAGAGGCAUCUUCAUCCAAAUUCUUGAAAGCGUCUACAGGUUUACACUCGGAUCCGUUGGUGGUGCUGUUGGAGCUACAGCAGUCUAUCCGAUAGACUUGGUGAAGACACGAAUGCAGAACCAGCGCACGGGGUCCUUUAUUGGUGAGCUGAUGUACAGGAACAGCUUUGACUGCUGCAGGAAGGUUAUUCGGCAUGAGGGGUUCUUUGGUCUAUACAGGGGCCUGGUUCCACAGCUGAUGGGUGUGGCUCCUGAGAAGGCCAUCAAGCUUACGGUAAAUGACUUGGUGCGAGACAAGUUUAUGGACAAAAAUGGAAACCUGCCAUUAUAUGGAGAGAUCGUCUCGGGUGCUUGUGCUGGUGGGUCUCAGGUGAUUUUCACAAAUCCACUAGAGAUAGUGAAGAUUCGGCUCCAGGUCGCUGGAGAAAUAGCGGGUGGAGCCAAAGUCAGUGCCCUCUCUGUUGUCAAAGAGUUGGGACUCUUUGGGCUGUACAAGGGGGCAAAGGCCUGCUUCCUUCGGGACAUCCCCUUCAGCGCCAUCUACUUCCCCGCUUAUGCACACACCAAAGAGAAGCUGGCUGAUGAGAACGGCUACAACCACCCGUUGACCUUGCUAUUAGCAGGAGCCAUCGCUGGUGUCCCUGCCGCAUCACUUGUGACUCCUGCUGAUGUCAUCAAAACGAGGCUGCAGGUUGUUGCUCGAGCGGGGCAGACAACAUACAAUGGAGUCAUAGACGCUGCUCGAAAAAUAUAUACGGAAGAAGGGCCACGUGCGUUCUGGAAGGGAGCAACUGUAAUGACCCGAGUUUUCAGAUCAUCGCCUCAGUUUGGUGUGACUCUCCUUACUUACGAAGUCCUUCAGAGAUUAUUCUUCAUCGACUUUGGAGGAACACGUCCAGCGGGGUCAGAGCUGAACGUACCCGCAACCGGCGUGGCUGACGAAAUGAAGUCGACAAACCCGGACCACAUCGGAGGUUACCAGGUCGCACUGCCUAUUUUUGCCGGUAUCGAGUCCAAGUUUGGACUGUGCCUACCAAGGUUCAAACCGGGCGUCGUGCACGCCACGAGCGAAAAGUCAUAGAGAGGGCACCGUAGACUGGGGGCAGCUUCGGAGCUGCGCCUGCACAGCCCACAGCCCUCCUAGCAACUUCUGCUCUUACAAGAAGCCACCCCUCCGCGACACGGGAUGUGAGUUCCGUCACGAGCAGACGAAGCACGACCACAGGCCUCCAGCGAAGAAACAGGUUGCCAGCAGUGCUCAGAGUGGCUGCGGCUAAACACUUCUCCACAGCACUGUGCCAGGACCUGUAUGCCAGUGACAGUAUAAAGAGUUGCCCGCAAGCACUGUCGAGGCAUGUGUCCCAUUUUGUGACUGUACAGAUUGUAUUUAAUUUGUGUUUGUAAGGACAGUACAUAGAAUCGUGCAAAACUUGUUUUGUACAAAGUAUUUAUUUAAAAGAAAAGAAAUAUUGAUGAUAUGCAUUUUGUUCUCCCAAUAUUGUACUCCUUUAAUUUCUUGUUCUGAUACCCACCAUAGUGUUCAUUUUGUUUAUGUAAACAGUUUACAGGUUGCCACUAAUGUAAAAUUAGUUUCUGGGGCACACAAUGAUAUUCCUUGAGAUGUGUGUUUAAUUAUGAUUCACCGAAUACGAUUAAUAUUACACCCUGAAACACAAAAUCAAUGAUUACUGCUACAGCUGCUUAAAAAAAGUAUGGAAAAUAAUUUAUUUGAAUAUAGAUGAAAGCUGUGCGUACAAAUAAGUUUCUGGUACUUGACAUUUCCUACAACAAUAUAAGUGGCCAUUCAUAUAUGCCUAUGGAAAGAAAAUGAUAGGGAUUGUACUGCAGUUAAUGUAACCUAUAUAUGAAAUGUGAAAGGUUCAUUGCACUUCACAAAUUACAGUUCUAGAAGACUGUUUCUUCCAUCUGACAUUCAUUAACACACAGGCUAGUAAUAUUAAAACCUUGAUGUAACAUUGGUUUUAAAUCAAUGGUGUUCCUUUAUACGGUGAAAUUUUGUCUCAGUUGCAGAGUAGCAAAUGCUUGUGUGUCAUUGCUUGUAAGUUUUGAUGUUAGAAGGGAAAAGAGCAGUUUUGAGAGUGAUAAAAUACGGAAAUUGGGGACCAUUUUCUUUUUCCUUGGAAUGGCGCAUUAUGUUUUUAAGAAGAAGUAAUUAGUUUUUCUGAUGUAAUUUAAUGAAACAUGAAUAAUUUUACAUAAUAUAAUACUCCUCUUCCUUACAUGUAUUUUAAUGUUAAUGUUUUACACAUUACAAAACACAAAUUUUGUAUUAAAAGAAACAUUUUACAUGGAUUUUUGUCUAGUCCCAUUUUCUGUGCCGUGAACUAUGCAUUUGCUUUUAUUUAUUAUUUAGCCUAAUCGAAAGUAUUUCAGUCAUUCUUAAGUAAUUCAGUUUUUACUGUUUCCAAUUGUUGAAUUGUGGUAACCUUGUCCCAUCAUCAGCUGUUUCACAUGCAGUAUCAGACAGGACCAGAAAAGUACCUGUGUAGUGACAAAGGCUAGGGUUUGAAAGGAGCAGCACAAUGCUCAGCCUAACAGUUGUCAACAGUUUAUUCAAGAAUAUUGAGGGACAAUUUAAUCAUCAGAUCAGUAAAAACAUUGUGUGUAAAGUACUUUAUCAUUAUCCAGUGCUCUACAUAAUGGAGAGAAGAUAAACCAACUUGCUGGACUACAAAUUGAACAUCACUGUCGUUUUGGUUGUGAGCAUCAUCAAGUUGGGUUAUCUGUGUUAUAUGUGAGUGAUAUUUCUCUGCCACAAGGAUGACUUAUGCACUGACAAGAUCUUUGGCCUGUUCUUUUCACAUUGCUUCUUUCAAACAGUAACAGCUCAUGACCCAGUGGGUUUUUUUGUUUUACGGGUGGCGUGUUCUUUUGAGCAGCGGUUUAUAGAGUGUAUAUACUGAUUAGUUUAUGUACUUUGUUUUUAUAUAGAGAGAAUUAUAAAAUUAAACAGAACUGUUACACAUUUUUUGUGAAAACUUUAAAUAAAAUGCAUUAAAUAAAUCUUUUA